GUUCUAGAGCCUACAUUUUGGGCACCGCCAAAACUUUGCGCGCUCGAAAGAGCUCUAAUUCGUCUAGGAGUGCUCGAAAGAGGAGAAAUGGUCUACGUUCUCGUCAAAUCUACCUCUUACCUCAAAUGCAUAUGUCAUUGUGGAGAGGAAUGAGACUAUGUGAUGGUUCUUUCAUUGUGGAGAAAGAAUGAGACCAUGAAUUGCGAAGGAUUUUCUCUCCGGCCUCGCAGUAUGAUUCUUCAAGCUCGAUCAAUCUACUGGAUAUGGAGAAGCAUCUUCUCAGCUCAACUAUUCCAGCUCUUCCAAGGCCGCGUUUCACAAGCGAAGAUCUAAGCCACUAUCCAAGUCGACACGAACUAAAGAGCUUGGUAAGCUCUCUCGAUGGGGACGCUAGCGCUGGCGAGUAUGCUCGAGUGGCAUACUUUUGCGGCGAGCACCGGGCACUCCGCGAAGCCCAAGAGCUCCACGCGAAAGCCAUCCAUCACAGACUGGAGCUCGACGCUUUCCUCGGCAAGAACAUCGUCAAGAUGUAUCUCAAGUGCGGCAGCGUGAUGGAUGCGAGCAAAACACUGCAAGAAAUGGUGGAACCGGACGUGAUUUUGUGGACGGAAACCAUCGCCGAGCACACCAAGCGCGGCAUGGCCAAGGAAGCUCUCAGGAUCUUCCAAACCAUGCAGCUAAAUGGCGUGGCUCCAAACAAAAUCACAUUCCUCGCGGCUCUUAACGCGUGCUCGAGGCUGGAAGAUCUGGGAGACAUCCACGACAAGAUCGUCCAAGGCGGAGCCGAGUCCAAUCCAAUGGUGGCGACCACGAUCAUCCACAGGUACUCCAAGUUUUCGAGCUCUGGGAAAGCCCGGCAAGUUUUCGACAAGGUCCGCGAUCCAGACGUGUUCGUCUAUAACGUGAUGGUGGCGGCCUAUGCGAAAGAUGGCCUCCACGAGGAAUCACUCGGGCUCUUCCAGCGGAUGCAAAUGGAAGGGAUCACUCCGGACAAGAUCACAUUCCUCGCCAUGCUCGAUUCGUGCCAGGACGAGAGAGCGCUCAAAACCGGCUUUCUGGUUCACAGGAUGAUCGAAGAAACUGGCCUGGGCUCUGCGAUGAUCGACAUCUCCACGGGCUUGAUCAGCAUGUAUAGCAAGUGUGGCGAUUUGGAAGCUGCGAAAGCUGUCUUUCAAAAGGUGGCAGAGGCAUCCAUAGAUGAGGUUCUGUACACCGCCAUAGCUGAAGCUCAUGCGCGGCGAGGAAGCCUCAAAGACUCGCUGGAGAUCAUCACGAGAAUGCACCAGAGUGGCGUCAAGCCCGGCAGGAUCACCUUCACAGCGGUGCUGGACGGAUCAUCCGGGCGAGCUUCACAGAAGGAGCUCGAGCAGCUCCAAGCCGCUAUCGCUGGUUUCGAGCACGACGUGGACGUGGCCACGGCGCUGGUAAACUCGUAUGGAAAGUCCGGGAUGCUUGGGCGAGCUCGGGAGAUCUUCGAGGCGAUGGAGGAGAGGAGCGUGAUCACCUGGUCGUCGAUCAUCGCGGCCUACGCUCAUCACAACCGCGUCUCGCAGGCGCUGGAGCUCUUCGAGGAGAUGCAACAGUCGGGAUUUGCUCCAAGCCCGGUAACUUUCCUGUCCGUUCUAUCGGCGUGUAGCCACCGGGGGCUGCUCUACAGGGCGAUCACGUACUUCGCGUCGAUGAUCCAGGACUAUGGAUUGACGCCGCUAGGCCAGCACUACGGCUGCGUUGUGGAUUUGUUUGGGCGAUCGGGUGAAGUUGGCGAUGCAGAGGAGCUCGUGGAGAGGAUGCCAGUGGAGCCGGAUCAGGAGGCGUGGAUGGCCUUGCUCCGGGCUUGUCGAGAGCGAGACGAUGCCGUUCGUGUGGGCUUGCAUGCCGGAGAGCGUGUUCUUGAGCUGGAUCCGGGGUGGGAGUCCGGGUAUGUGGUCUUGUCCAGUGUUUAUGCUCCUUAGAAGUUUAUAAUCUUUCCAUUUUUCUUUGAUGAAAACAAUGGUGAACGGCUCAAGAUGAGCCAGAUCCAAAUUCAAAAAUAUCUGAUAAGGCGUGGAUUCAGCUAUGUGGAAGGCCAUGGCAAUUGCCAUGAAGGGCCACAGCAGGGAAGUGAUUGUAAAUUCAUGGCAAGUCAUCACAGAUUUACGCUCUCCAUGUAUAGAUGUUGAGUUUAUAUAUGUUGUGCAGUGAUCGAGGGUGGAAGCGGAGUGAACAUCCUGUUGGAGGAGACCUGGAGAAAUCUCCCAGAGCCUGUUCCUGUUUCAUUCAUGGUGAAGAUGGCUGACUAGCAUUGUGCUUUACCAUGAGGAAGGUAAUGGAUACAUGCUUGAUCUUACGUGCUAGUCAACUAUGUUCACCAUGAAUGAAUAAAACUUUUGAGAGGUUUAAUUGCCUCCAUAUCUUCUCUUUUUAGCUCCAUUGCUACAGUUGUUUAUUACAUACAAUGGAUAAAUUUGCA